CAUUUGUUAAGUUCUUCUGUAUCAGUUACAUUAGACGAUUAUAGGCCAGAUUCGAACCCUGGAUUUCGGAACUGCUCCUUGCCCAAGAAAACAUCCUCCAGCAAGACUUAAAUAGGUUACAGCUAUGGGAAAGAAAUGAUUAUACAACAAGCACAGAGAUGAGUCAGUCUAGUAACUCCAGCUGGCAAGGCGGCAGGGGAAAAGGUCAGAGGGGUCAAGGUCAAGGAUGGCGUGGUGGCCGUGGAAAUUGGCGAGGAAGAUGGCGCGGUCGAGGACAGUACUUCAAUAAUUAUGGAAAUAGAGGAGGUAAUAGAGGGAACAGAGGUGGAGGGAUGAUGCCUGAUCCCCAGUCUAGCCAGUCUAGAAGACCGACCAUGGUUCAAACUAAAAUUGAUGUAGCUUCCCCAUAUCAUGGCUGGAAGCUGUAUUUUCCUGAUGAAGUAUACAAUGACCAUUCGCCAGCAGUCCAGAAGAUACAUGUGUUUGAGAAAUACUUCCUUAGUUGGUUACAGACAUACAAUUUGGAUGACAUAGAACUGAAGGGAAGUUUUAUUGUUGAUUACAAAGAAUUAAUCUCAGAUCAAGGUGUGAGUGAGAGCUUACCAGAUCUACAAACAGAACUAAAGGAUAUGCCACAGAAAGUGCUCGCAUGUAUGGGGUUAUCUAUGCAUCAGCACAUAAGUCGCAAGAGACUGAGGGAAGCUAGAGAUGCUGCGGUGGAGAACGGUACAGAAAUUGCACCAGAAGAUUAUUAUGUGUCUAUCAUACAUGCACGAAUACUCAACUACGGAACACCUGUACCUCUAAAAAGUUUAAAGGCCAACUAUUAUGGCAAGUUUGUCUCUGUGAAAGGCACUGUUGUCAGAGUGAGCAAUAUCAAACCAUUAUGUACAGUCCUGGCUUUUGAAUGUAACAAUUGUUCCAGUGUGCAGACUGUAUAUUUGCCAGAUGGGAAAUAUGUCCUUCCAACAUCAUGUUCAUCAGCUGAUUGUAGGGGGAAGGUGUUUCAGCCUCAGAGAAGUUCAAACCUUACAGAGACCAUUGACUGGCAAACUAUUAGAAUACAGGAAAUAAUGGGUGAAGAUCAGAAAGAGGCAGGUAGAAUACCUCGGACAAUUGACUGUGAACUUACACAUGACUUGGUGGACAGUUGUGUACCAGGGGACAUAGUUACAGUAUCGGGGGUGGUCAAAGUCAACAGUGUUGAUGAAGGUAGAGGAAAGAACAAGGACAAAUGCAUGUUUCUGUUGUAUGUACAUGCUAACUCGGUCAACAAUACCAAGGGGAAUAAAUCUGGUAGUGAAGGUCUUGCUAUGGACUUUACAAUGAAGGAAUUAUAUGGGAUAGAGAUGAUACAGAGUGAGGAACAGUUAUUCAGGCUUCUGGUUGGCUCAGUAUGUCCAAGUAUUUAUGGCCAUGAACUUGUGAAGGCAGGAUUGGUGCUGGGGUUAUUUGGAGGAACACAGAAAUUCUCAAAUGAUAAGAACAGAAUCCCAGUUAGAGGUGAUCCUCAUUUGCUUAUAGUUGGAGAUCCUGGUCUUGGCAAGUCACAGAUGUUACAAGCCACAGCAAACAUUGCACCUAGAAGUGUAUAUGUGUGUGGUAAUACAACAACAACAUCCGGAUUGACUGUGACUUUGUCUAAGGAUGGUGGGUCUGGAGACUAUGCUCUGGAAGCGGGUGCACUUGUACUGGCAGACCAGGGAUGUUGCUGUAUAGACGAGUUUGAUAAGAUGUCCAACCAACAUCAGGCCCUUCUAGAAGCUAUGGAACAACAGAGUAUAAGUAUUGCAAAAGCUGGGAUUGUUUGUAGCCUUCCAGCUAGGACAUCAAUAUUAGCAGCAGCUAACCCUGUUGGAGGGCAUUAUAACAAGGCAAAAACUGUUGCUGAAAAUCUUAAAAUGGGUUCAGCUUUGUUAUCAAGAUUUGAUUUGGUGUUCAUUCUUCUUGACAAACCAGAUGAGGAGAUGGACAGUAUGCUGUCAGAACAUGUGAUGUCUCUUCAUGCAAAACAAAAUAGAAAACAGGCUUCCAAGACUUCCAGAUCUGCAGACUCUAGUAUGAAUGAGUCUUUGCUUCUUUGGGAGUCAGAUAAACCACUGAGUGAGAGAUUGAAAAUACCCAGAAAUCACCAUUUUGAUCCAAUACCUGCUCAGCUACUGAGAAAGUAUGUAGGAUAUGCAAGGAAAUAUGUUCAUCCAAAGAUUGGUCCUGAGGCAGCAAAGGCCAUACAAAAUUUCUAUCUAGAGUUACGCAAGCAGCACCAGACCCAGGACAGUACCCCAAUCACUACCCGGCAGCUAGAGUCCAUGAUCAGGCUGACCGAGGCUCGAGCAAGGCUUGAACUUCGAGAGGUGGCAACCAAAGAAGAUGCAGAUGAUGUAAUAGAGAUUAUGAAGUAUAGUAUGGUUGACACCUAUUCAGACCAGUUUGGUGGGCUGGACUUCAGGAGAUCUCAACACGGGUCAGGAAUGAGUGGCCGGUCCCAACCUAAAAAAUUCAUAGCAGCUCUGCAGAGGAUCUCGGACCAAACAUACAACUCUAUAUUCACCAUACAACAGAUGCAGCAGAUAGCAAAGGAUUUGGGAAUGAAUAUUGCUGACUUUGGAUCAUUUGUUGGUUCCCUUAAUACCCAAGGGUUUUUGCUGAAGAAAGGACCAAAGGUUUAUCAGUUACAAACUACUGACUAUUAACAAUAGCUGGAGUUUAACGUCAUCUCCUGAUUAUCAGUGAUGAACAAUGAAGUGCCAUUGUGAUUACAUUGACAUUGGCUGGAAUUCAGCAUCACUUCAUAGAGAUGUCACUGAUGAAUAAUGGAGUGCAGUUAUGGUUUCAUUGAUAAUUGGACGGAAUUAAACAUCGCAUCAUGAAUAAUGAAGUGUAAUUCUGAUUUCAUUGACAUUGGCUGGGAUUAAACAUCGCUUCAUAGAUGUCACUGAUGAAUAAUGAAGUGCCAUUCUGAUUUCAUUGACAUUGGCUGGGAUUAAACAUCGCUUCAUAGAUGUCACUGAUGAAUAAUGAAGUGCCAUUCUGAUUUCAUUGACAUUGGCUGGGAUUAAACAUUGCUUCAUAGAUGUCACUGAUGAAUAAUGAAGUGCCAUUCUGAUUUCAUUGACAUUGGCUGGGAUUAAACAUCGCUUCAUAGAUGUCACUGAUGAAUAAUGAAGUGCCGUUCUGAUUUCAUUGACAUUGGGGCUUCAUAGAUGUCACUGAUGAAUAAUGAAGUGCCGCUAUGGUUACAUAGACAUGGGCUGGAAUUAAACAUCACUUCAUAGGUCUCCCAGAUGAAUAAUGAAGUGCCACUAUGGUUACAUAGACAUGGGCUGGAUUUAAACAUCACUUCAUAGGUCUCCCAGAUGAAUAAUGAAGUGCCAUUCUGGUAACAUUGACAUUGACUGGAAUUUAACUUCCCUCCAUCAUAGAAACAUUCUUUCAUAGACUGCAAUAAAGUGCCGUUUGAUAACAGUUACAUGAGCUCGAAUAAAACACUGUGAUUUAUAAUCAGAUUUGGUACAAGAAGGACAGGAAAGUUUCUGUGAUAGGUCUUGGAACUUCCUAUGAUUAAACUUAUGUGAAAUUAUUCUAUGAAAGAUUAAUGAAUUUUUCUGUGAUAAUCAAAAUGUACUGAUGACAAAUAAAAAGGUUUAAUAUGUGAAUCUUACAAAUUAAUAAAGCUUAAUUUGAAUAUACAGUUGA